AUGGCCACUCCCAACAUGGAUGACCUCACCCUAUCCGACUCUGACAUCAACAUGGACAGCCCCAAGCCGCAACCCACCGCCCCGCGCCCCGAGUCGCGCUACACGACCGACGAGGCGCGCGAGGCGGCCCUGCGCCGCGAGCUCGACCAAGUGCGCUCCGUCAACAAGGUCAUCGAGGGCGUCGUCGAGAGCCUCGACAAGGCCCGCACCAACAUGGAUACUGUCCACCGCACCGUCUCCUCCGCCUCCACCCUCCUGCACACCUGGACCCGCAUCCUCUCCGCCACCGAGCACAACCAGCGCCUCAUCCUCGACCCGACCUGGCAAGGCGCGGGGCAGGACGUCGCAGACACGGAAGCCGAGGCCUCAGCCCGGCAGCAUGAAGCCGCGCGGCGCGAGCAAGAAGCCGUGCUGCGGCGGGAAGCAGCGGCGCGCCGGGCCGAGGAAGACGAGGAGCGGCGCCGCGUCGAGGCCGCGGGCGGAAGUACGAGCAGGCCGGGCAGCAGCGCGCGCGGCACUAGGAGGGGCACUGCGAGAGGCAGGGCUGGUGCCAGCGCUACUGGCAGGACCACGCCUGGCGCGGGGUAUGUCGGCGUCGGCGGGCAGCGGGGCGUGGGCAGAGGGCCUGGGAGGGCAGGGAGCGGGAUUGGGAGGGGCGGCGUGAGGGGCCGUGGGCGCGCUUGA